AAAUUGCACAUUUACGAAACAUUUUAUAAAAUAUUUAAAAACAGGUACGGGGAAAAUGUGCAUUUAUUAUAUACUGACACAGAUUCUCUUACACUUCAAAUUUAUACAAAUGAUGUUUACGAAGAUUUUAAAUCGUUCCCUGAUAUCUUUGAUUUUAGUAAUUAUCCCAAAACUCACAAAUUAUAUAACGAAGCGAACAAAAAUAAAUUAGGAUAUUUUAAAGACGAAACGCUAUCGAAACCGAUAAUUGAAUUUUGCUCUUUAAAACCAAAAAUGUAUUCUUAUAUUUUUGAUAAACAAAAUAAAAAAACUGCUAAGGGGGUAAAAAAAUCUGUUGUAAAAACAUUUAAUCACGAUAAAUAUAAAGAAGUUUUAUUUAAUACAGAACUAUUCAGGCAGCAGCAAUACGGAAUUAAAAGUAAAAAUCAUGUAGUAACAACAUAUCUACAAAAUAAAAUUUCUCUUUCUCCAUUUUAUGAUAAAAAAUUCAUUUUAGAUAAUGGAAUAGAUGUACUAUCGUUCGGUCAUUACAAUUUCUACUUUUAAUUCUUACAGAUAUUCCGAUAUCAUCAUCACAAUAUGGUUUUUUAAUAGUUUACAAAAGGAAAACUACUUAUGUAAUACAUAGCAUUUGUAGUAGAACUUAUUCGUGUUUAAAACAAACGUAUAGGGAAGCAGCAUUAUUAAAAUUUCCAAAUAAUAAACUAUAUGAAUGUAAAUUUUUCGUAAUAAAAAAUAAAAUAAUAAUGCCUAUAUUUAAUAAAUAUUUUAUAAAAUGUGAUUGUAUGAAAUGUAAUAAUAAUUAAAUAUUUUAUAUUUUCUAGAAAUUGUUUAUUUUAAAAGAUUAUCCGAUACAGUUAUAUGUCCAAAAAAGGCUUCUUUGGGUGCAGCCGGAUACGAUAUAUUUUGUACUGAGAACUUUCAAAUAAACCCCCAUGAACAAAAAGUAAUUUUCACCGAUAUAGCCCUGGAAAUCCCAAUGAACUGUUAUGCUAGAAUAGCUCCAAAAUCUUCCAUUUCGUUAAACAAUAUCAUGAUCAAUGCAGGAGUUAUUGACUUUGACUACCGUGGAAAUAUCGGUAUUAUUAUGUAUAAUUAUGGAUCAGAAAUUAUCAUUUUCGAAAAAGGAUGGGCCAUUGCACAAAUAAUUUUUGAACUAAUAAUGCAUCCCAGUUUAAUAGAAAAAACUUCAUUAAACGCAACCGACCGAAACGAAAAAGGAUUUGGGGAUUGUAGUAAAAUUGGUUUUGAAAAUUUUGAAGAUUCUGAAAAAGAAGAUGAUGAAAGCGACAUUACUGAAAAUGAUGAUGAAAUUACCUUAUCUCAUGAAAAAGAAGAAGAAGAUGAUUUUAACUGUGAUGAAGAUACUCAUAAAAAAGAAGACGAUUUUAACUGUGACGAAGAUACUCAUGAAAAAGAAGAUGAUGAUGAUGAUUGCAUUGAUCUAACUCAAAAGAUAAUAGAUUGUAACGAAAAAGAAGAUUUUGGAGAUUGUGGGGAAAAUUAACUUUUUCUCAAAAAAUGUACUCAAAUAAUCCUUAUUUUUAAUAAUAUGUAAUCCAAGUAUUAUGUACUCAAUUAUUUUUUACUUGAUGUACUCAAAUAAUCCUUAUUUUUAAAUA